AUGGAUCGUUUUUCUUAUAAAGGUUGCAUUAACAUUACUAUUAAUGAGAAUCUUACAUUAUCCGAUAUAGAAAUGCAUGUUUUACAUCCUAUACGAGCAGACGUAUCCAUUUCACCAGAAAUCAAACUUUUUAUAUCAGAAAAUAUUGAUUUGCUUCCACACGAAAUUUACAAACGACUUGUUGUUGAGCGUGGUUUGGAUCUUAAUAUUCGUCAAAAACAGAUUUAUUUUUGUCCAAAUGUUCUUGGUUGGUUAACGAGUUUAUGGGAUGUAUUACAAAACUCUCAAUUCAAAAUACGUGAAAUUGGGGUUGAUGCUACAUUAUGGAAAUUCAUGAAUAAACAUUUACAUCAACAUCCACUUAUUCCACCAAUUGAUGGGCAAUUCCUUUCUUUAAAUUCUAUUUGA